UAAUAUUAUGAUUAUAAAGUUUGAAGUAAAACUGUGAAUUGUAUCCAUUUGUUGAGUUCAAAGUUGAAAAUUAGAGAUGGCUGGGCAAUCGGACCAUGAGCUCUCACUGUUUUCAGCAGAGGAGCUUGAGUUCAUCGCUGAGGACGAGAUUGUGGACAUCGUGCCAAAUCUCAAAAUGGAUCCACUCUGUCUCAUCUCUGGAGAUUUUGGCCCAUUUACGCCACAAAUUGUUACUCAAGUACCGCUUUGGUUGGCCAUUGCUCUCAAGAAGAGAGGCAAGUGUUCCAUUUGCCCUCCCCAAUGGAUGACUGUUGAGAAGUUGACUCAAGUGUUGGAGGUAGAGCGAGACUCUCAAGAGAUGUCGGAACAUUUGCCAUUUCAUUAUGUAGAAAUCUCAAGACUUCUUUUUGACCAUGCACGUGACAACAUCCCCGAUGCAUACAUGGUGAGGUCUCUAAUUGAGGACAUCAGAGAUGUAAGGUUUCAUAAAGUUGAAACUGACUUGGAGGGAUUCAAUGGUCGUACAAUAGCUGUGAAGAUAAAAAAUUUAUCUGCAAUGGAAGUGAACAUUGUUCGCCCAUUUAUUGGAAGAGCUUUACAAGCAUUCUACAAGCAUGAUAGUUCAGAGUUGAUCCCAGACCCAGAGCGAGCUCCUGAUAGACGGCCGCAAGUUGCCCACAAUGCCCCAAGAAGGCAACUACGAAGAUAAUUGUGUAGAACUUUUUGGCAACAACAUUUCUAGAUUGGUAAAUCUGUCUGGCUUCAAAGGUAUACACAUUUUUUCCUGAGAAAUACUUUGGGAGAUAUCUUCACCGUUGAUUUCAAAAUAGGUGGUAUGGAUUUAGCUAAAUCUUCAUAGAGAUAUCUUCACCUCUGGAUUCAUUAUAAAAUAGGUGGUAUGGAUUUAGUUGAAUCUUCAUAGAGCAAUGUUCUUUGUAUUUUUAUGUAGUUAGUUUGGUUGGUAAUUUAAAUUAUUUAAUUCCGAGCUUGUACUUCUUACAUGUAAUCAAUUCUUAUCUGAAAUUAAAAUAGUUAAGAAGUAAAUGAGUAAAUAAGCUAGUCAUUUUUAAUCUUAGAAAA